AUGGAGGAACCUAUUGAACCAAGCAAAGAUGAUUGCUGCAACAAUGGUUGUAAUCCUUGUAUUUUUGAUGUUUAUGAUAUGCAAAUGAAACUGCUUAGAAAAUCUAAGGAGAAAGCAAUUUUAUUCAGAGAUGAUCUUUAUUCAUUUAAAUCAUAUUGGAGUUUUAAUUACUACAUAUAUUUAAACAUUUAA